AUGGGCUGGGAGGCUACUCCACGGGUCUUGAAAGUGUCUUGGAGUAAACCGAUGAAACAUGGUUCAAUACUACAAGACUUAGAAAGAGUUGAAUACAUUCAAGCUUACCUUGGUGAUGUGCUCAACGCCAUCAAGAACGGAUCAGACACAAGAGGCUACUUUGAAUGGUCGAUGAUAUAUUUGUACAAGUUGUUGAGUGGAUACAUGAACAGCUAUGGGAUGUACUAUGUGAAUUUCAGCGAUCCUGGUCUCAAGAGGUCUCCAAAGCUCUCGGCCUCUUGGUACUAUGGUUUUCUCAAUGGUACAGUUGAUGUUGAUCCUCAAUAUAUUACUCGGUUGCAGAGACUAAAGUAAUAUUAAGGUGCUGCUUUGCCGGAGAUGGCGGUGAUGGAAAACGGAUCAAUCGCGUUGAGGCUUCUCUACAUCGCCUUCAUCGUUUUCUUCUAUGGCUCGAUUUUUUCGAACUUCAUCGGAUAAAUCACGCGGACGCUGGAUAUCAAAUCCCUAAGCCUUUUCUUAUUUUUGGCUUUUGAAUGGAUUUGGCAAAAAAAUGAUUGGGUUUUUAAUGGGUUUGGGUA